AUGCAUAAGCAUUAACUCAGACUAAUAGUUAGCUAUCUGUUUGAGUAGUAUUUCAGAUGUGGGUAACUUUUUUAUUUUGUUUUGAUGAUAUGCUUUAAGACAAAGAUUUAGCUUAAUCAUAAGCAAGGUUCUUUUGUCAAAAUAUAAUUGAUGAUCCAAAAGAGAGUCUAAUUAAGUAAUUUCAUUAGUAGUAAUGGUUAUCACAGAAGAUUUAGAAGUUCUGAUGUUGAAUUAGUAUAGAAAUGGAUUUAAUAGUUUUUUUGGUUAUUUGAGUAUUUCUUAAUCUUCAUCAUGAGAAUUAGCUUUGGUUGUAAUCAAUGAUGAAGGUGGAGAUACUUGAGAUGGCUUAGUUAUUGAAGGAGGAAUGUAUUAAAUAGUCUUCUUUAUUUUUAUAGUCAUGGCAGCUUUGAAGAUUUGGUAGAGUAUAUUAAUGAUACGCAAUAAUCUUAAGAGAAGAGUGGCAGCAUAGAUUGUAUCUGUAUUAGUGAUAAUCUCUAAGAUAACAAGGAGAUCGAAGAACAUGAAGCACCCAUAUAUAAAUUGAAGUGGAUCUUGGAAAUUACGAAAGUAUUUAUAAAGAUCUGGGGUAAGUAGUGA